UAGAAGUUUUACACUGGUCAAUAUUUCAGAUUUUCUGUUGAAAAAAUAACAACAAAACAGCUAGAAUCAAUAAAUGAGCUUAGGAGACUGAUUCAGACACAUUACAAACUGUUUAAUAUGUCAAUAUAAGAUCCAGUUACCCGCCACUUUAUACCCCUUAGACAGCUGUGUAUAUAAUUCAUUACAGGAUACAACUGGACAUCGUCAUCCAUACAAGAAACCCUGUUAUACGUGAAGGCCUAUACUUAAAACUCGUUGGAUUUCACCAUGGAGACCAAAACCUUGCUAAUUCUAAUUACGGUGGUGGUCGUUUAUGUGCUGAUUGGUGGGGCCGUUUUAUACGGUAUCGAGCACACGAAUGAGUUACAAACCCAGACAACUGCAUCUGCCACAUACUUCAACUUCACUGGAGCCGUCAGUAGCUGUGUGACCACGGACCAGGUGCGCCAGUUCGUGACGGCCGUUAUCCAGGCGUACGAUGACGGGGUGCUGGUCACGGACUCCCAGACAUCAGCCUCGCAGUGGGACUACGCUAGCUCCACCUUCUUUGCGAUGACUGCAGUCACUACCAUAGGUUACGGUAAUCAGGCUCCAGCCACUAGUGGCGGCAAAGCCUUCAUCGUCAUCUAUGCUUUGCUGGGAAUACCCAUCAUGGGUCUUGUGUUAGCGGGACUAGGUGAAAAACUGGACGGCUUGUUAAAGCCACUGAAAGACAAAGUCUUCAUCAAGACAAACGAGAAAAUAGAUCAACUGGUCAAAUCUUUGAUAUUGGUAGCUUUGAUCCUUCUCGUUAUGUCUUUGAUCCCAGCCGGGAUUUUUGCCGCCAUUGAGGGCUGGUCGUACGGGGACGCCGUGUACUACACGAUAAUUACCAUGACAACCAUCGGGUUCGGAGACUUCGUUAUUGGUACAUCUGACAACGACUACCGCGCCCUGUACAAGCUGCUGAGCAGUGUGUGGAUCUUGCUAGGUCUGGCCAGUGUAGCCAUGCUCCUGUCCAACAUUACCGACCUGUACAAACGGAUCGCACCCGAGUCAAAGACUGACGACGAAAAGAAAGACGAAAAAGAGAAAAACGAAAAUAAGGAAUCUUCAGAAAAAGAAAAACCCGCAGAAACGAAAGACCCAAUAAAGGCCUAGCGUAAAAGACCAUUAAUAAUCAUUAUUCCCAAAGGCAACGUAGAUGCACUAUGCAGAUGCUGAUAGGGUAUAGUCACCAAUUGUUUGAAAGUACUCAACUCAGUUCUCAAUGGAAGUCCUUACUACCAUAACAGACAAAUGGAUAACUAAGUUUAACGAACGACCUCGGGGCUCAAAUCCUUAAUGGACAAGAUGAGGUGCAUAUGUUGAUAAACCCUCAGAUUUGAGGCUGAAACAUAAGGACAGUUGGUGACUACGGAACAUGAUCUAUGAACUACCCGUAAAUUAUCCCUCUGUGUGAUUGAAGUGAAGUGAAUCCUUAAACUCUUUCUUGUGACCAUCAAGACAUUGUAAUUUGUGCCUUUAUUUUAUGUAAUACAAUUGACAUCGUUUUGUACCGUUUUCGAUGAAUUUAAUAAGUUGGUUAUUGUGAUACCGUUUUCUGGGAUAAAUGCGUCACGGUUUAAAUUUUGAAUUUACCGGGUAGCAGUAAGUACAAAAUUUACAAUAAAUUGUAUUUACUGCCACCCAGUAAAUUCGCAACAAAUUUUGUAUUUACUGCCAACCGGUAAAUUCAAAAUUUACAACAUGACAAAAGCACACAGAUGCCAAAUUAUUAACCUUGUUAGUUGCAGUCACCAUUUCAACUGGGAAACGAUUCAUAGUUUUGUUUAGACACUUCUUUGAAAGGGUUGUGACCCUUAGCAUUGCGCUAGUUGUUUUAGGAAUAUGACUGAAUAUGUAUUAUAUACAUAAUAGAUAAAAUAAAUUAAAAAAAUAUUUUUGCUA